AUGCAUUUGAUCCAAGCUAUCGGUGCUGGUAUUAUCCCUACUGUUCUGGAUGUCAAUGUGCUUGAUGAUGUUCUUGGUAUAUCAAGUGAGGAAGCUAUUGAAACUGCUAAGCAGCUUGCGUUGAAAGAAGGCUUGUUGGUGCGGAUUUCAUCUGGUGCGGCGGCAGCUGCUGCAAUAAAGUUGGCACAGAGGCCAGAAAAUGUUGGAAAGCUCAUUGUUGUGGUUUUUCCUAGUUGCGGAGAGCAUUAUCUAUCUUCCCCGCUCUUUGACUCCAUCAGGCGUGAGGUAGAAAACAUGACUUAUGACUGA